AUGUCUUCUACUGCGACGAAUCUCACGGUCGAUGUGCUUGACUAUAUAGGCGUCAUUAAGCUCCACGCGUCGAGUGCGACUGAACCAUGGACGGAAUCCCUUUUGACAGAGCUGAUCACCGCGCUUCGAGAGCUCGAUGAUCACCCCCGCACCGUCUUGACCGUCAUUACCAGCGAGGGGCCGUUUCGGCUGGCGGCGACGCGCAUCCGAGAGUACAUUAUAGGUCCCUUAAUCAGCUCCAACACGGUCAAAAUCAAGCAGUACUAUAUGCGCAAAUUCUCCCGCGAACUCCUCAAUCUCAUCGUCAGUCAUCACAAAGACCUCGCAUUUGCCCUAGACAAUAUCCCCGUAUGGGGCGGUCCCGCGUGGGUCCAAGGCGCGGUUGAUCUCCUUGCCGUUGCCUCUCGUACUUAUAUCCGGUCGGGUGAGGCCAACACAGCUUUAGAGAGCCACAACCCCCAUGGGUUGGACACCCUCGGACCGGCGCUACAGCAUCUACUCGAGGAUAUCGAUCGGCUUUCGGAUAUUGCGUUCAGUGGGGAAGACACGAUGGCUGCAGCGGGCUGGGGAACGGGAACGGUCCUCACCACGGAAGAGCUGCGCUGUGCGUUGGAUGCGGCGACGGUGUCGAGUGAGCGGUCGGUGGACUGGGCGGUGCUGGAUCGCUUCUUGGGUACGAUGCAACACAUCGCUAGUGCUGGCAAGGCCAGAGGUGGGCGCAUCAAAUCGUCGUUGUGA